CGCCGGCGGGUCAGAGGUCGCGCGUCAGCCAGCCCCGCCCCCAGGACGCCGGCGUUCAGGCCUGCGGAGCCCUAGCUGAAGCGUGCGGUGUUGGGCAGAGAGCCGGAGCUGGUGAGGAGGGUUCCCCCCGCGUGCUGGCGGAAGUGAGCAACCAUGGUGCUCAAUAGUUUGGAUAAGAUGAUUCAACUCCAGAAAAACACUGCUAACAUCAGGAAUAUAUGUGUUUUGGCUCAUGUUGACCAUGGAAAAACUACUCUUGCUGAUUGUCUUAUAUCUAGUAAUGGGAUCAUCUCCAGCCGUCUGGCAGGCAAGCUAAGGUACAUGGACAGCAGAGAAGAUGAACAGAUACGAGGGAUCACUAUGAAAUCCAGUGCUAUUUCCCUACAUUAUGCAAAAGAUAGUGAGGAAUACCUGAUUAAUCUCAUAGACUCUCCAGGACACGUGGAUUUCUCCUCAGAAGUAUCAACGGCUGUUCGUAUUUGUGAUGGAUGCAUCAUAGUGGUAGAUGCUGUGGAAGGGGUCUGUCCACAGACACAGGCAGUUUUGCGGCAAGCCUGGCUCGAAAACAUCCGUCCAGUUUUGGUGAUUAAUAAGAUAGAUCGGUUGAUAGUGGAGCUAAAAUUUACCCCACAGGAGGCCUAUUCUCACCUCAAGAAUAUUUUAGAACAGAUUAAUGCACUCACAGGAACUCUUUUUACUUCUAAAGUCCUAGAAGAAAGAGCAGAGAGAGACACUGAAUCCCAAGUGAAUCCAAAUUCUGAACAAGGAGAGCAAGUGUAUGACUGGAGUACUGGCUUGGAAGACACGGAUGAUUCUCACCUUUACUUCUCUCCAGAACAGGGAAAUGUGGUGUUUACCAGUGCAAUAGAUGGGUGGGGCUUUGGAAUUGAGCAUUUUGCCAAAAUCUAUAGCAAAAAAAUUGGCAUCAAAAAGGAAGUUCUUUUGAAAACCUUGUGGGGAGAUUAUUAUAUAAAUAUGAAGGCUAAGAAAAUAAUGAAGGUUGAUCAGGCAAAAGGAAAGAAACCUUUAUUUGUACAGUUGAUCCUGGAAAAUAUAUGGAGUUUGUAUGAUGCUGUCUUGAAAAAGGACAAAGAAAAAAUUGAUAAAAUAGUGACUUCUUUAGGAUUAAAAAUUGGAGUCCGGGAGGCACGCCAUUCAGAUCCUAAAGUUCAGAUCAAUGCCAUUUGCAGUCAGUGGCUACCUAUCUCCCAUGCUGUUCUUUCUAUGGUGUGUCAGAAACUUCCUAGCCCCCUUGAUAUUACCGCUGAGAGAGUUGAGAAACUCCUGUGCACGGGAUCGCAAACGUUCGACUCUCUUCCACUGGAAACUCAAGCACUGAAAGCAGCUUUUAUGAAAUGUGGAAGUGAGGACACUGCUCCAGUUAUUAUCUUUGUUUCCAAAAUGUUUGCAGUUGAUGCCAAGGCCUUGCCUCAGAAUAAGCCAAGACCUCUCACUCAAGAAGAAAUUGCUCAAAGACGUGAACGUGCAAGACAGAGGCAUGCAGAGAAGCUCGCUGCAGCACAAGGGCAGGCACCUUUGGAGCCCACCCAAGAUGCAAGUGCCCUGGAAACAAGCCCACAAAGAGAAGAGCCAAGAGGCAGAUCUUGGAUUAAAGAGAGCAUUCUUGGCACUUAUUACCCUUUGUUCCUGGCAGGUGAUGAGCAACAGGUGGAGAGUAUGGCCACUAAUCCUGUGCCCCAGGAAGGAAGCAACCAAGAGUCUUUUAUUGCAUUUGCUCGUGUAUUCAGCGGUGUAGCUCGAAGAGGAGAGAAAAUUUUUGUCUUGGGGCCCAAGUACAGUCCUAUUGAGUUUUUGCAAAGGGUACCAUUAGGCUUCUCAGCCCCACCAGAUGACCUCCCCCCAGUCCCUCACAUGGCAUGCUGUACACUGGAAAACCUGUAUCUUCUGAUGGGCAGGGAACUGGAAGAUCUAGAGGAGGUACCUCCAGGAAAUGUGCUAGGAAUAGGAGGCUUGCAAGACUUCGUGCUAAAAUCCGCAACACUGUGUAGCCUGCCAUCCUGCCCACCAUUUAUACCACUCAACUUUGAAGCAACACCUAUUGUGAGAGUUGCUGUUGAGCCAAAGCACCCAAGUGAAAUGCCUCAGCUUGUGAAAGGAAUGAAGCUGCUAAACCAGGCUGAUCCCUGUGUCCAGAUUUUAAUUCAGGAAACUGGAGAACACGUUUUAAUCACAGCGGGGGAGGUCCACCUUCAAAGAUGCUUGGAUGACUUAAAAGAAAGGUUUGCAAAGAUUCAUAUCAGUGUAUCAGAACCCAUUAUUCCAUUCAGAGAAACAAUCACAAAACCCCCCAAAGUUGACAUGGUCAAUGAAGAAAUAGGCAAACAACAAAAAGUUGCAGUCAUACACCAAACAAAAGAAGAUCAAAGCAAAAUCCCUGAAGGAAUCCAAGUUGACUCUGAUGGGUUAAUCACUAUGACAACUCCCAAUAAACUUGCCACCCUCAGUGUUCGAGCUGUGCCCCUUCCAGAAGAAGUCACUCAGAUUCUGGAAGAAAAUAGUGAUUUGAUUCGUUCCAUGGAGCUGUUGACAUCCUCUUUGAAUGAGGGCAAAAAUACUCAGAUGAUUCAUCAGAAGACCCAAGAGAAAAUUUGGGAAUUCAAAGGAAAACUAGAGCAACAUUUAACAGGGAGAAAAUGGAGGAAUACUGUUGAUCAAAUCUGGUCAUUUGGCCCAAGAAAAUGUGGGCCUAACAUACUAGUUAAUAAAAGUGAAGAUUUUCAGAACUCUGUAUGGAUAGGCCCAACUGGCAGAUCUUCAAAAGAAGCCAGUAGAUACCGAGAUUUGGGCAAUAGCAUUGUGAGUGGUUUUCAGUUAGCAACCCUCUCUGGCCCCAUGUGUGAGGAGCCCCUCAUGGGUGUCUGUUUUGUUCUGGAAAAAUGGGACCUAAGUAAAUUUGAGGAACAAGGAGCAAGUGAUAAGCAAAAUCAAGAACAAAUUGAUCUGCUAGGAGAGAGACAGGAAGAAGAUAAGAUUCAUCCUAGUGGAGAGGAAAACCAAGAGGUACAAGGUGUCUGCUUAGAGCCUUUUGAGAAGAGGACUUCCCCGAAAGGAGACUCUUCAAUCACUGACUGCUAUGGACCUUUCUCAGGACAGCUAAUUGCCACCAUGAAAGAAGCAUGUCGCUACUCACUGCAAGUGAAACCUCAGCGCUUGAUGGCAGCUAUGUACACAUGCGACAUCAUGGCCACCAGUGAUGUUCUUGAAAAUCACCACCUGGACCCUGCCUAUGACCUGGCCUCCCUAGGACAAUACCUCAAGAUACCAUUUGUCAUCCUGUUCUGUCUGUCCUGGCACUUAUCUCCUGGUCAUCAGACUCCGUUCUGCCACUUUUCCAGAAGAGAUACCUGUUUUAACCCUCAAGGUCGAGUCUAUGCUGUCUUGUCAAAGAGAGAAGGUCGAGUGCUUCAAGAAGAAAUGAAAGAAGGGACAGACAUGUUCAUCAUCAAGGCUGUCCUGCCUGUGGCUGAAAGCUUUGGUUUUGCUGAUGAAAUCAGGAAGAGGACGAGUGGCCUGGCCAGCCCGCAGCUGGUGUUCAGCCACUGGGAGGUCAUUCCCAGCGACCCCUUCUGGGUGCCAACUACUGAGGAAGAGUACUUGCACUUUGGGGAAAAGGCUGAUUCUGAGAACCAGGCCCGGAAGUACAUGAAUGCAGUACGGAAGCGGAAGGGGCUUUAUGUGGAAGAAAAGAUUGUGGAACACGCAGAAAAGCAGAGAACACUUAGCAAAAAUAAGUAGCUGCUACUGUUGGUGAAAUCUUUUCCUUAUAAUGAAUUAAAAAAUAUUAUCAAGAGUUUA